AUGCAUGGGUUUGACCGCAGACGGACGCAGAUACACAGGGUCCAGAAAACUGCGCAGGAGCAGGAGCUGGAAAAUCCGGAAAUGGUCCCGGCUAGUUCGGACCCAGUAGGUUACUCCGCCUCGGAAAAGGGGCCAUCGCCGGGCAAGCAUCACACCAAGUGCUCCCCACAGCCCUGCUCGGAUUGCAACGCCGCACCGGGUUGUGUUCUCGCCACCGCGCCGAAAGAAAGGCGGGCGCUGGCAAGGCCGGAGGUGUCUGGCGAGCACUCGAUCAGCCGCAAUACCCUGAGCGCUGACAAUUCUGAGGACCCAGAGUUUGAAGAGACACGUGUGCCGUUCCUGCCGGCCCGACGCUAUGUUAAGAAGACACACCUUUUGGAAGCGUGUGGCCAAAAAGCCCCGAUAGACUGGGCCAGCGGCGGUCUCCAGGCCUGUGGGGUUCUACUGCCCGAAACCGACCCGGCGGUAUCCAGUGAAGAGCAGAUGGGCGAGAUCGAGAGCGAGGCUGGACUGUGCAAGAUCGGUGAGGCCACGUACUCUGAGGUAUUUUCUGCACAGUGGCGGUACGUGCCUCGCACACGCUACGACAAGUUCAACAGCAAGAAGGGCAAGGUCAAAGGCGAGCGGAUCAUGCAAGUGGCGCUGAAGGUCAUUCCAUUUGGCAAUGCCAGUGUAAAGUCAGGGGCUGGCGAGCGGCAGACCACGCUGCGCGACCUGUACCAAGAAAUCGGCGCAACACUGGCGCUGAGCAGGCUGUCAGAGCGUGAGCGCUGUAAACUCCAGGAGGCGAGAGUGCAGGUCAAGAUGCCACUCAGGUCGAAGGAGCGCGAGCUGGGCGCCAACUUUGUCAAGGCAUUCCGCGUGUGCAUCUGCCAGGGCACGCUUCCCGGCGCCGCUACUCCGGGCCUGGGAUCGCUGUUUGCUGUGUUUGUGCUGGAGAUGGGUGGGGAGACGUUGGAGAACGCGGUGGUAUCGACGUGGAAGGAAGCACGCAGCAUCAUCCGGCAGCUGGCGUUGUCAAUGGCGCUUGCCGAGCGGCACAGCAAGUUUGAGCACCGUGAUCUGCACUGGGGGAACAUCAUGGUGACGCGCUACAACAGCAACCUGACGUUCCUAUACCAGCUACCACCGACGGGUAGCCGAUCCAAGAGCACGCUGCUAACGAUCCGGCCGACGCGGCGACAACAGUGUCCACGACCAGCCAACUACAUGCCUGAGAACAAUGUGUUUUACGUCGACCUCAAGGACGAGGCGCUGUUCAGAGGCGAGGGCGACAUCCAAUACGAGGUGUACCGCAAGAUGCGCGCUUGCUCAAACAAGGACUGGAAGGGCUUUUACCCGCGGACCAACGUGCUCUGGCUCACGUACGUGCUGCACAAGAUCCUUACAACAAAAUCGCCGGCGAUCAUGGAGGAGCUGGUGAUGUUUGUUGAAACCAAAGCUCGACCAGGCCCCCGGCAAGAUAGCACCGGAGCUGAGGAAGGUUGCAGGCCAGGAGCUGCUGCGGCGAUGGAUCCAGGACUUUGA